GUUACUGUCUACGUUAUCAAGGCUUGGGUCCAUAAACAACCCGUGAUCCCUCCCAGCAAUGCUAUCCCAACCCGCAAUGUGUGCUUUUCGUGCCAGUCUGAAGUGUUGGCGACAUUGGGCUGUCCGAAAAGCUACUCUGGGGUUGUUGGACUUCGGCAAGUGCCGUUGGUUGUCUUCACCAUCAAGUAGAGCCGUUACUGGUAUGGAGGAAAUAUUGGCAAGAGUCGUAUCACCUUUACCGACAUACGAAACAAGAGAGAAAUCUCCGCCUCCUCCAGAAGCCAACAGCUUGGAGUUCAUGCAUUUCUACACAAGUCUUGACAAGGAAGAAAAACUAAAUUUUCUGGCAAAGCUCUCACAUGAAUUUGGAGUGGAUCAUAAAAGCGUUUCGGAGUUCGCUGGGAAGCUUCUACACACCCAACUCAGGGACUUGGCGACCAUUUUGCAGGUGGAGGACAGACUUCGAUAUAGCUUGACACCCCGAUAUAAGCAGCUUCUGAACCACAUAAGCAGGGUGGAAGGGGGAGUGAAGUUUCUGGUUGACCUUAGAGCCGACGUGCUUGAAAUUAUCUCAUCAAAAAGUAGCGAGAGCCCGCACUUAAGGGACCUGAAUGGAACCCUGAAGAGCUUGCUGUCUGAGUGGUUCUCUGUCGGUCUACUCCGACUAGAGCGGAUCACUUGGCAGUCACCCUGUGAGAUCCUACAAAAGAUCAGCCAGUAUGAGGCGGUGCACCCUGUUAGGAACUGGGCUGAUCUGAAACGCAGAGUGGGGCCAUACCGUCGUUGCUACGCCUUCACCCAUGCCGCAAUGCCCGGGGAGCCUCUGGUCGUGCUGCAUGUAGCCCUCACCGAUGAAAUCUCAGAUAACAUACAGAGUAUUGUUCGGGAAUUUUCAGCCCUGGACCUGGAAGAAGAUGUAAACAAGGUAAAUGCAGCAAUUUUCUACUCCAUCUCCUCCACCCAAGCUGGUCUACAAGGUGUUGAGCUGGGAAACUAUCUCAUCAAGCGGGUGGUGCGGGAACUGCAGAGUGAGUUUCCCCACAUGGCCCAGUUUUCCAGCCUAUCCCCCAUUCCAGGCUUUUCCUUGUGGCUUCAAGGCCUCCUGAGCCAGUACCGGAAAGAAGGACGUGCCUCGGACCUCCUCUCUGAGCAGGAGUGGGAGGAAAUGAGGCAAUUCACUGACCUAUCCUCAGACGCCAGUGCCAUAGAUGCCCUUCGCAUGUUAAUAGCCACCGGUGAAUGGAUGCGCUCCGAACGUCUCUCGCGUUCAUUGGAGCCUGUCCUGAUGCGACUUUGUGCCUGGUAUCUUUACGGGGAGAAGAGGCGAGGUUAUGCACUUAACCCAGUGGCCAACUUCCACCUUCAAAAUGGCGCUACCAUGUGGCGGCUCAACUGGCACGCAGACACGAGCCCAAAGGGCGUGUCCAACUCCUGCGGCAUUAUGGUGAACUAUCGUUACUUCUUGAAUGAGACGUCAAAAAACAGCGCUCUUUACUUGCAGAAUAAAGUCAUCUUGGCAUCAGAUCAAAUUCUCGGAUUGGUGUCGCAAUUUCAGAAAAACAGUAAACUCUGAAAAAAGACACCGUGUGCAUUUAUGAUUCCAGAGUAACACCUGCAC